ACCGCCCCGCGGCAUACGGCGCGUGGAGGAGACGACCAUCGGCAGCGGGCAGCGUCGGCGUCGGUGUGCCUCCUCCCGUCCUGUGUUGCUCUCUCCUUUUCUCUUCCUGGACCGUGAGCUGAGAGGGGAGGAGAGAGAGGUGGGGGAUGGCGGUGGAGGCGGCCGCGGCGGCGCUGGAGUUCACGCCGACGUGGAUCGUCGCGGCGGUCUGCUCCCUCAUCGUGUUCAUCUCGCUCGCCGCGGAGAGGUGCCUCCAUUACCUCGGCAAGACGCUCAAGAGGAAGAACCAGAAGGCCCUCUUCGAGGCUCUCCUCAAGGUGAAAGAAGAGCUGAUGCUUCUGGGGUUCAUCUCCCUGCUGCUGACCGUGUUCCAAGGGAUUCUUCAGAAGACAUGCGUUCCUCCCAAGUGGACCAGCUACUUGCUGCCAUGCCGGAAGAUGGAGGACAAGGCCGAACAGCUCGGCCCCUCACAGGCGCAUUUUGUUGCUGCCGGAGUUCUUGGCCGCUUCGGUCGGCGGCUGCUCGCCGACGGUGGAGCAGGGGCCGGCCAUUGCCAGAACAAGGGAGAGGUUCCUUUGCUGUCACUUGAAGCGCUCCAUCAGUUGCAUAUUUUCAUUUUUAUUCUGGCCAUCACACAUGUGAUUUUCAGUGUUUUGACAAUGCUCCUAGGAGGAGCGAAGAUCCAUCAAUGGAAACACUGGGAAAAUGUCAUUCAGAAAGAUGUUGCUGAAAAUGCACCUACAGGAUUCACCCAUGUGCAUCAAUUUGAAUUCAUCAAGGAACGUUUUAAGGGUUUUGGCAAAGAUUCUGCAAUACUAAGCUGGAUGCAUUCUUUUGUUAAACAGUUUUAUGGGUCAGUUACUAAAUCAGAUUACACAACAAUGCGACUUGGAUUUAUCAAGACACAUUGCCCUGGAAACCCAAAGUUUGAUUUCCACAAAUAUAUGGUGCGAGCUUUGGAGGCAGAUUUCAGGAAAGUGGUUGGCAUAAGCUGGUACUUGUGGAUCUUCGUUAUGGUAUUCUUACUGCUGAAUAUUCAUGGUUGGCACACAUACUUUUGGAUCUCCUUCGUUCCUCUUCUUCUUUUGCUGGCCGUUGGCACCAAACUGGAACAUGUCAUAACUCAAUUAGCCCAUGAGGUUGCCGAGAAGCACUCUGCAAUCGAGGGCGACUUGGCUGUGAAUCCAUCGGACGAACACUUUUGGUUUGGUCGACCGAAGGUAGUCCUGUUCCUGAUCCAUUUUAUUCUCUUCCAAAACGCGUUCGAGAUCGCAUUCUUCUUCUGGAUUCUGACCUCCUACGGAAUCAACUCCUGCAUCAUGGACCACAUCCCUUUUAUCCUGCCAAGGCUUAUCAUCGGGGUCAUCAUUCAACUCCUCUGCAGCUACAGCACCUUACCACUCUACGCAAUUGUCACCCAGAUGGGAACCUUUUUCAAGAAGGAGAUCUUCGACGAGCACGUGCAGCAGGGCCUUGUUGGCUGGGCGCAGAAGGCCAAGAAGAGGAAAGGGCUGAAGGAGGGCAGCAGCGGUAGCACGGCAGGAGCAACAAAUGGGUCAUCACAUUCACAGCCAUCUUCGCUGCUGGCAAUGGUGAGGCGAGCUGCCGCGACGGAGGAGGAAGGCAGCAGCAAUGGCGGUGACAUGCGCACUGAUCAACCGCCCAAGUAGUGCCCGGAAGCCGUUGUGUUCACCGUCAGAAUAUUUAUUUUCUGCGUGGCAGUAGUUAGAAGAGAGCUGUAUGGGGUACUCCUGUUGGCUCGAAUUUAGAAGAUGGCGAUAUAGUUACUGUGAUGAUGCCUACCUUUGAUAGACGCAUGCCCUCGAGCAAUGACUGGACAAGCAUAGCGUAGUAACAAGAGGAUCUUCUCUUUUCGUUUCUAAUGCUUGU